AUGCACAUCGGCGUUCUGUUCCCCUUACUCGCCCUCGUUCCUGCUGGGACUUGGGCCAAGGACAUAGUUAAUUCGUCAAAGCGCGACUCUCAGUGCAAAUGCAUCCCAGGUCAAAGCUGCUGGCCUUCGUCCUCGGAUUGGCGGGCUUUCGAUGAGCAAGUCGACGGGGGCCUCAUCAAGACUCAGCCUAUCGCACAGUCCUGUUACCCUGGUCCUGCUGAAGACCUCAAGCACUGCGCAUAUGUAAACGAAAUGUGGUCUGAUCAAGACUUCCAGUCAUCAGACCCAAUUGGAAGACCUUAUCCCCAUAACAUUACCUGUGCUCCAGUUGACUACAACGCUGGGCAAAAGCCAACUACAUGUACUCUGGGAGCGUCACCAGUUUACGCUGUGAAUGCUACAACACGGUCACAAAUCAGAAAUACCCUGGCCUAUGCCCAAGAGCGUAACUUGAGGCUGGUGGUAACUGGUACUGGCCAUGAUCUGCUUGGCCGCUCGGACGGUUACGGUGGUCUUGAACUGUGGUUACAUCAGUACAAGAACAAGAUUGAUUUCCGAAAGACUUUUAAGCCCAAGAGCAGCUGUGACAAGUCUGGUUGGACGGGAAGUACUAUCACGAUUGACGGCAACUACCAGUGGCGUGAUGUCUACAAGGUAGCCAAGGCCAACAACGUUAUUGUUGUCGGCGGCGGCUCCAUCACUCCCGGUGCAAUUGGUGGUUGGGCAUCAGGAGGUGGUCAUGGCCCAGCUACGAGAAACUACGGUCUCGGCGCUGAUCAGAUCCUCGAGGCGGAAGUGAUGCUGGCUGAUGGUAAAGUCAUUACUGUCAACCACUGCCGAAACUCGGAUCUCUUCCGUGCCAUGCGUGGUGGCGGACCAGGUUACGCCAUCACUCUAAGCAGCACCAUCAAGGCCCACCCUAACGUCGACACUGUCACAGCUCACCACUUUGAAGUUGCGCCACUGGAGAAGACUGAGAAGAACAAAGACCUUCUCGACGCCGUGUCGGUUUUGCUACAGAAACUCCCUGAUCUUAACGAUGCUGGCUUUUCGGGAUACGGGUACUGGUUCCGCAACUUUCCUACCGUCUUUGUCGGAAACGCAACAUCUGGUUACUCUCAUGGCUUCUGGGCAAUCGGAAAGACCCGUGAGGAAGCUGAAGCCGGUUGGGCCCCGGUACGCAAGGCCUUGAGCAAGUUCAAGGACCAGCUGUACAUGAAGGAGACCUGGGCUACAUAUCCCGACUAUUGGUCUUUCUACGAAGCUGAGUCGGGCUUGUAUAAUCCCACUGGCGACACAUCAAUCCUCACAUCAAGACUGAUUGACCGCGAGAGUGUCAAGAGCUUCGCCAAUGUUCGGGAUGCCGUUGAAGUCAUCAGCGGCAAACCUGAUGAGUUCGGCACUAAUGUCAUCCUCUUCGUUUCCGGAGGCCAGGUCUUCAAAGAUGCCGCAGAUGAGUCUAGUGGACUUAACCCGGCCUGGAGAAAGUCCUACUACGUUAUAGUUUCGAGCCAGGGUAUUUCCAAAACUGCUACUCCUGCUGAACGAAAGGCUGCGACUGAUGAAGUCACCUUUGUCAAGGGUGUAGCAGCUAAGAAGCUGGCUCCCAAGACUGGAGCUUACAUGAACGAGGGUGAUCGUAAUGAUCCUGACUACCGACAGUCUUUCUAUGGCAGCUUGUAUGAAACACAUUUGGAUACAAAGAACAAGUGGGAUCCUUCGCAUUUGUUCUACUGCCCAACAUGUGUUGGGUCAGAAUAUUGGGUCGAGACUUCAGACGGGGCGUUGUGCAAAGCUUAG